UUCAGGGAAACCAUGGACUGUAUCGAAAAAGGUCUGUAUAUCGGCGGCAGUGCAGAUGCCAGGAAUACCGAGGCCUUGCACAGUGCUGGUAUAACCCAUGUAUUGUCUAUUGAGUUGGUGAAGCCACAAGUUUCGAGUGAUUUUGUUCAUAAAUUUGUACAUCUAAUGGACGAAGAAGAGUACGAUCUACUGAGUAAAUUUCCAGAAUGCAUAUCGUUUGUAAAGGAAGGAAUAAAGAAGGGAGGUGUGCUGGUUCAUUGUGCAAUGGGUGCGUCUCGCAGUGCUACUGUAGUUAUCGCUUAUAUAAUGAAUACCAAAAUAUCUCUGGAGGACACUCUAAUUAAGGUGAAGGAAAAGAGAUCAUGGAUAAGACCCAAUGAUGGUUUCAUGCACCAGCUAAGAAUAUACGAUGCCAUGGGAGGUGAUAUCCAACCCGAGAAUCUGCUCUAUAAACAGUAUCUUCUAGACUUUAGGUCAGAGGUUAGAGAACCAGUGGUGUAUGUCACUUUCAAAGUCAACUAUUGUCUGAAGCAGACUGACGGUCUGAAACACUUAGUAGCUGUAACUGGUGAUCACCGUCUCUUGGGGCGUUGGAAGAAGCACAGGGUAUUGAAGAAUAAAUGGGGGCCUGAUUCGUGGGAGAUCACAUUGGCUUUCUCACAAAACACAACACUAAAUUGGAAGUUUGUUGUUGUGGAAUAUCAGAAGGCAUCCAGUAGACAGUAUGGUCCCAAGUCAACGUAUGGAUGUGGUAAAGUACUGAGAUGGGAAGAUGGCAAUAAUAGGGUGCUUAACACAGGUACAGAGGAAUGGACCUUGAUUGAAGGAGAAUGGGGAAAGUGCUGA